AUGCAGCAAGAUCCCAUCACGGAGACUUCGCAGCCUACCACGAGAGAUUUGCUUACCAAGACGCACUGCUCAACUGCAGCUGCGGAAGACGUAAAAGCCCAGUACACUUCUACUUCUGUAAGCAUAGCCGGAAGGCGACGCCGCGCCAUCUCCGCCAACGUAUGGCGAAAGCAAGCAUUGAUUUUCUGCUAG